AUCUCUCCCCCCCCCCCUUUCAAUCAAGUACAGUUUUCUUGCUGACAAACUUGGAUUCACUUCUUUAAGCUCACUCACUCCAAUUCUCCCUACUCCUAUAAUUCUCUCCUUUUUCUCGUUUCAUUAUAACUUAUAAGGUAUUCUUCAAACCUUUUUAUUUCACGUGGCGCAUCACUUAAAUGCUUAUUUAUCAAACUUAAAUCUUAUUUCGAGAAUGGAUGAAAUUGUGUCUCGAUCUUCGUAUUUCAUGGGUUCGACCAUGUUCUUCGAGGGUACGGAAAACACGAAAUGGACCCCGGAAGAGAAUAAACGGUUUGAAGAUGCAUUAGCUCUGUUCGAUAAAGAAACCCCCGACAGGUGGCAGAAUGUGGCGCGUUUGAUUCCGGGGAAAACUGUGAGUGAUGUGAUGCAUCAGUAUAGGAAAUUGGAAGAAGAUAUUAGUGAGAUUGAAGCAGGGGUUUUGGUUGUGCCUGGGUAUACUUGUAGUGACGCUAAUGCUAUGACACUUGAAUGGGUGGUUGAUAAUCACCCUCACUUUUAUAGUCAUGGAGGAAAGAGAAGUAGGCUUCCUGAUCAAGAAAAGAAAAAAGGAAUUCCAUGGACAGAAGAAGAACACAGACAAUUUCUUUUGGGGUUAAAAAAGUAUGGAAAAGGGGACUGGCGAAAUAUCUCACGUAAUUUUGUGACAACAAGAACACCCACCCAAGUUGCAAGUCAUGCUCAAAAGUACUUCAUUCGCCAGUUGUCAGGAGGCAAAGAUAAAAGAAGGUCAAGCAUUCACGACAUCACCACAGUGCACCUUAACGACCCCACAAAGUUACCGGAAAAUGACACAUGUCCAAAACCGGGUGAAUGCACCACCAUGGUAACACCACCACCAAAACCUCACCUCCACCACCACCCCACCACAAACCACCAUAUGGAAAAAGCAUUGUACCAAUGGAGCCACCCUAAUGGUGGUGGUAUAAUGAUGGCACCACUUCACGGAAGCUCAUCUUAUGGGCCUCAGUAUGGACACUUGGAAAUGGUAUUGGGUUGGAAUAGCUACUAAGAGUGUGGGAAUUUCGAUUGGGAUGAAGACUAAUUUUUUUGCAGAAGCAAUUACAAGAUGCAAACAAUAGCGAAGUGAAUGUCACAAUGCACCAAAAACAGCAAAUUAACCCAUAACGUCGAUUCAAGCACCCAAAUCAUAAAGUUUCCAUUCAAGUCCAUAAAUCGUAUAAUCGCAGCACCAUAGACAACUUGUAUAUGGCUCAUAUCAGUAACAUCUUUAAUAGUUUAAUUGAAUUGCAAAUCUUGAACGAUAAUCGCAGCAACAGCUGGUGUUCGAGCCUGAGGGUUUGAGAAUUUCGAUGAAUUUCGUGAAAUUGUAAAGACGGGAGUGAGAAAUCAACCAGGAGGGUCGAAAUAGGGGUUUGAGCAUGAUUGUGGGAAAAGGGAAACUGUCGAUGAAUCGGCAGGUGUGGCAAAGCAGAUUCAAGAGUGCAUGCAUGCAUAUUUGGAAAGAUAUAGUGAAGAGAAAAAUUGGUGUUGUACUUUGUAAUCAACCGAUUUUCAAUUAGAAUGAAGGUUGCAGAAAUAAAAAUUACAUGAUUAUUA